UAAACUACUCUAAUGUCUGAAUACCUCAAAGCUGAGGAUAGAGUUGAUCAAGGCUAUGACUUUGUCAAGAACUUUAAAACAAUCGACCGAUACUUUAACGAUGAUUUCAUCCCUGAACCUAGAGAACAUAAGCAUAGAAGGGAAAUCAGGGAAACAUUGGAUAAAACAGUGCCCAGAAGUCGAAGCAAUCUUGCCAGGAAGGGAAGCGAGGAGUUGAAGAAAUGGAAAUAUAACCGCCAUCCAGUCCAUGAUAGAGAAAUCGAAGAGAAAUUAAGAUUUAGUAGGGAAGGUUACAACGGUUUGAGAGAAGUUGAAGAAAGAAACCUCAACUUGAUCAAUCUUCUGCGAGAAAAAGAGCUCAAAAUUGAAAAACUUGUCUAUAUAAUAGAUGUGCAAAAAUAAAAGAAUCAAGGAGCUAGAACAGAAUUUAAUGAAAAUCCCGCAGUCACAAAACGAUCCUCCCACUUAUGCGCCUGGACUAGACUCGAGGGUGAAUAUAAGCAAGACUUUGAACUACUACGACAAAGUUAGUGAUACAAUGAAACAGUAUAAAUAAAUAUGACGAAGAGCCAUUUGCUUAUGAAAAACAUGAUAAAAUCCCAACAGACCAUGAGCUCAGGAUGAAGAUGUUGUUAGAGCCAGUAAUUCCAAGAGAGCAGAAAUCUGAAGAUAUUGAGUUCAAUCCAUACUUUAAUCUAUCCGUUGAUAAAGUUCCAACAAUCCUUCCAGAUAGAAGAGAAGAAAUACUUGACCAAGAAUAUACAAAGCUGAAGGAGAAAUUUCGUAGAGAGAAAGGAGAGCUAUUGAAUAAGACAAUCAAGAGGGAAAGAUUUGAUCAGAAGAAAUUGGAUUGUGAUAUAGAGUCCAAAGCCUUUAUUGAUCAAAAACUUGAUCGACUUAGAGAGAAAUAUCAUGAAGAUUCCCCAAACCAAGGAAAUUAUCGAAUAAUGAAGUUACAUGACUUGAUCCAAGGUAAAGAAAGGUCGAGGCAAAGAGAAAGAGGGAAGUAUUUACCUGGAAAAUAUUUAAAUAUAACUGCUCCUCCUGAUAUGAACAGUGAAAUAUCUCUUAGAAGUAAAAAAACUGUAUUUUCGCAGCCAGUAAUGUUGAAAUAACUCAAAAAGCAGAUCCCUCUUCAAAAAGAGCAAGAGGUGGGAUACCACUCUGGGCAGAUUAGCCGACCCAGUGCAUAAAACCUACAAGGAUGCUUCUGAUGAAUUAGCCGAUGAGCUUGUGAAAAGACAGCUUGCUACCAAGAAAAAUCCUAUAAAUGAAGACCUCAUCUAGCUAUCUCUCAUACUCCUAUCUUAAUUAAAAUUAUGUAUA